CUGACAGGAUUACACGAGUUUCCUCAAUUGAACACAGUGAAGUUGAGCGUUCAGACCCGCCGCUGGAGACGAGACGAGACGAGACGAGACGACAGGAGAGGAGAGGACGGAGAGCACGCGGUUCCUGUCACUUUCCCACGCAUUCGUGAUCGGGUGGUCGCGCUGGGCGUCCGUGGACGCGUCCGCCGUUUGAUCGCGGGUGAAGCGCCGCGCCGAUGGACGACGCCCGCGUCUCCGCCAGGUCGCUGUAGAGUUCGAGCCCCGCGCGUCAGGAUGACUCGGAUUUUCUGGGAUACAAUUUUCCUCAUAAGCGGUUCCCUCUUUACCUUCGGAGCCGGGCCGAGCAACACCACCGUGACCGAGGCUCACGUUUCCAUUAAUGCGAGCGCCUCCGUCGGCCCGGACGCCUCCGCGCGCGGCCUCGCGGCCGGCGCCGCGGCGCUCUCGCCCACCAGCGACGCUCCGAUGAGAAACGGUUCCCACGUCACCUUCGAACCCGGGAGGAGCCAUUCUACGGCCUCGGACGUUUCUGAAGCGCCGCGCGCCUCGGGAAGCGCCUCUGCGUCCAGUGGAGAAACCACCACUACUGGUUUCCCACCAGUUAAAAAGUUCGUGGCUGCAGCCGUUCGGUCUCAUUUCGACGACUGUCCAGACUCCCACCGUCAUUUCUGCUUCCACGGCACCUGCCGCUUCUUGAUAUUGGAGGAGACGCCUGCAUGUGUGUGUCACUCGGGCUUCGUGGGGAUGAGGUGCGAGCACGCGGACCUGCUGGCUGUGGUGGCGGCCGAUCACAGGCAACAGACCGUCGCCACGCUGCUGGUGUUGUGUGUGAUCGGGUGCGUGCUGGUCAUGGUGCUGUGCACGCUUCUGCAUGUUUGCCUCCUUGCAGUUGUUGGUGGCGGCAGGACUGUCGCCGGCGGAGGCACGCGCACCAUCACGCCCAGGAGAAGCACGGAGCAUCCUGCUACCCCUCUGAGAGUGUGGUUUGAGAAGACCUUUUGGCUGCAACGCCAGCUGUUUGCACCGUGGCCUGUUUUGUUUCACUCAUCUCUGUCUGCAAACUCUCAGGGUUGCCUGUACAGAUCACGCAGACUUGGCCCUGAGGACUAAGGUAGGCCUGCGUGACGCGGGAGCUCAAACGUUCCGUGACAUUUCUUUCCACUGCCUGGAACUUCGGGACCGCAGCAACCCAGGAACAUGCUCGCUCUUUGAUUCUGUGGACAUAAAUGCAGAGCUGCAACAGUCUAAAGCUCUGGGGAUGAAGCUGCUGCCAAGUCCCACACGAGAAGAGCUGCAUGUCCAAUUAAUAGCUGCCUAGAGGACAUGAAAGAUGAUCUAUACGGCCGUUAAAGGAAGGGUGGUUACUUUGGGCUGCAGGACAACAAUGAUUCAUUUCUAUGUUCCAGGAGACUCCAGUUACUAUUUUUGUCUUUUUAUUGACUUUGCACACGUUUCAUCAACCUUACAUGCACAGAGAACAUUUUAAAGGAAUUCCGGUGGUGGGGAAACUGAUGCUUUAAACAAUUUUAGUGUCUGUUUUUUUUAAAGUAGUUCACUUCACUUCACAGAGAUAGGAAUUGUAACUGGACUAAGUGCUAAUGAAUUAAAGGCCCUGAAUAAACUGUACCUGGGCUUCCGCAAAGGUUGAAACUUCAAAUUCUUUCAAUGUAAUUUUUUUUUUUUGAACAAUGAUGAAAAUCAGGUGUCUGAUGACUCCAGUAUUUCUACUAAAGCUGAAAUAUUGUCAGUUUUCCUGAGCUGUGCUUGGACAACGUGCUCCUGCCUCAGAGGCUUUUUGGUCUGGAAGCUGUAACUGCACCGACUCAUGCACCUGGGUGGCCACGUUGUGGUAAAAUAGCCCUUUUCAGCAGGCUGCUUGCUCAACGUGAAUUAAAUGCUCUUAAUGUGUAAUUUAACGCAAUCACUGGAAGAAGGGAGAUGUGGAAUACGUCCCUUUCUAACUUGAUCGUGCACAGAUGGGUGUGGGUACAUGGUUUUUAAACACAAAAUCCUUUCCUUUUAUUGUCAUGUGUGUUGUAGCGUUGCCUCUGCUUUAAAUUUCAAUCAUUUUAAAGUAAGAAAAGCCUCUGAAGAUGAGCUCAAGUAAAUAUUUAAGAUUUCCUUAAUGUACUGGAGUGAUAAUUUAUGAAGGAAUAAUAUGUUUAUUACAAACUGACAUCAAUAUGAAGUGUGUGUGUGUGUGCGUGUGUGUGUGGGUGAUGAGACAAAAAAUAAUCUACCAUAAAAGAAUGUGAUUCGAUGGGGAUCAUUUGCUUGUCUUUGUUUACAGUAGGUGAUGAUAUUUACCUUCAAAAUAUGUUUUUGCUUAUUACUACAGCAUUGGUGUGUGAAUAUCAAAAGCACCAAUGUCUUUGCGUGUGUAAAUAGUGUCAACGCGGAAUCGUCUCGGAGGGAGAUCCUUGUGAUGUUUGACCCUUUACGUUGUGACUUUUGUGUUGUAACUGGAAAGCCUUUGUUACCUGCAUUUGUUUUCCAAGGAAGAAUUAAAACUGCAAACGUU